GCCAUUUUUAAUUCCUCUUAGAAAUGGCGCGCAAAUGGCGAGAAUACAAAAUGAACUCGAUUUAACACCGACACGUUAUAAUUUAAGUACAAUUAUGGUCGGCUCUACUGCAUUUAAUUCCACGACAAUUUAAAUCAUAGUGUGCGCGAAUCAGUACAUUAGAAAAUAGUUAUAUUGUCCGGAUUAAAAUUUUAAUUCCAAGUUCCUGUAAUGCUGGCUCGUCAAUCAUACGCCAGAAAUGUUCAGAUGUAUUUUUAACUCGCCAAAUGCGACAUUCUGACGUUUAUGUAAAAAUUUACUUUCGUGCACGGUUACUUCACUUUAACGGAAUUGCAUUUCUGGGAAACUUUGCACCGUUUCCGAAGCAAGUUGAAUGAAGAAUAGUUUAGCAACAUGAAGAUUCACGCUUCGAUACUUUUCAUUUUGCUGCUUAAUCUUCAAAAUGUGUGCAGUUCAGGGCUGAACUCAACUCUGAACUAUAAAGGAUAUACUUACACUGUGUUUGAGUCUGUUGUGUAUCAAAGUGAAGCAAGUGAAAUAUGCAGAAAACAUGGCGGAACUCUAGCAACCAUAAAGAGUGAGGAUGUGCAAAAUGCAAUCCGUGUAACUGUAGAUAACUUGAUGGUGUUAUCAGAACAGUACGGGCAAUGGACUCCUUUAUGGAUAGGACUUAGUAAGAAUUCAAGUCAGCCGUGGUAUUGGGAGCACGAUAUAUAUGGCCGUCAGGAACUUGGAUAUGAAUUUUGGAUGACGUCAGUGAAUGCGUCGAUUUUAGAAGAGUUUUACAACUGUGCUGUAUUCAUACAUUACCAUGGAAAUGAAAAUUCAAGAUGGAGUCCAGCACCUUGUUUUGGAGAUCGUGCAGGAUUCAUUUGUCAAAAGGUUUCUUACGCAACAACUGUAACUAUUGGAGAUUAUCAAUAUGGAAUAUUCGACACGUAUGUUGCCAAGUCCACAGCUAAAAAACUAUGCCAGCUGCGAAAUGGCAAACUUGCUAUAAUACGGACUAAAUUAUUGUGGUAUUCUAUAGUCGCUACUAUUGAGGCUUAUCUCUUGAGAAAAGAUCGUCUUGGAGAAUCGUCUUCAUAUUGGUUGGAUUUUAGAACAUCGGAUAACCAUUCUUGGACUUGGCGUGAUGAGAUUAAUGUAAGAUCGUCAAUAAAAGAGCUUAUGGUGACAAAUGAAACAAAUCAAACUGAUUCCAGAUGUGGAAUUCUUAUUUAUCAGAAUAUGAAAGGAUUGUGGAAACCAGCAAAAUGUGGCCAUACAAAAUCCGGGGUUGUUUGUCAGAAAAAUAUCAAUGUCUGUUCAUCUCCAAGAUGCUCCAAUAUCACUUGUUUCAGCAAUACAAAAGAAGAGUGCAGUUGUUUUCAAGAUAACAAAAGUUCUAUAAAAAAAAUCAAUCACAUCUGCAACAUUGAACUUUUAAAAUCAAAAUUCAACGUUUUGAACUUGGAGAAAAAAGCAAUUGUUGGAAAUACUAUUGCGGAGAAUACGUCAAUCGUUUUAGCAUGUCUCAAACAGGGUGAAAUAUAUAUGGGAAGAAAUCAACUAAGUUGUAUAAGUGAUGAAAACUGGUCAUCCAUGCGUUUGGGAUAUUGUGAAAAACCUGUGCGAUGUCACCAUUUGUCUCCAAUAAAUAACGGAGAUAUAACUAUCAUCGGAAAUCCACGGCAUAUUUUCCACGUCGGAAGCUUGGCCAAGAUUAAUUGCGACAGAGGAUACUUAAGAAAAGGAAAGGAAAAAAUUGAAUGUACUGAUAAUGGGGCUUGGUCCGCACCAGUUCCCUACUGUGCAGCAAUAACUUGCUCAAAAGAUUCAUCAAAAGUGAAUCCUGGUCGACGUUGUAACAAACCUUGCGAAAGUCAGACAGACUGCAGCAAGCCCGAGGAGAAAUGUUUAUGUGAUGACUGGUGUGGAAAAACUUGUUUCAAUCCCAAUUUAAUCUGCGAAGAUCUCGUGGAUCCUCAUCACGGAUAUAUACUUGGAACGCAGAGGAAUUACAUGGCAACAGUAAUGUACAGUUGUCACGGUGGAUAUUUACUUAGUGGAACGAGUCAUCGUCGUUGUCGAUCGGACGGUAAAUGGACUGAUAUUGCUCCAAAGUGCCUGCCCUAUAAUUCCUGCGGCCAACCUGGUUUUCUAGGAAACACUAUUCUUCCUGAACCAGUCGCAAAAGUUGUUCGAGGACAAGCUGCCCCGCAUGGUGCAUGGCCAUGGCAGGUUAUGUUAAUUCACAACAACAGAAACAAAGUUCGCGAGAGUUUAGAAGCAUUGCUCGGAGGUGCUACAAUUAUAAAUGAAAAUUGGAUAUUGACUUCAGCUCAUUUAUUUGACGGAUUCAUGUCUAAUGAACCUUCAAAUUGGUUGCACAGAGUUUUGAUAGUUGUUGGGAUUACGGAGCUUCCCGAAUAGACGAUCCUUUACCAGAGGAAAUGAAAGUGUUCCGUCCGAACGAUGUUGUCAGGCAUGAGAAAUAUGACAAAGUUAUUUACGAUUACGACAUUUCUCUGAUUCGUAUUGGAGCUAGAGUAAUUCCAAAAAACAACGUGUUCAAAACGGACGGAAGCUCUGAAAAAAGUAGUUUGAUAUUUGGAAAGCAUGUCAGACCUGUAUGUUUACCUUGCAUCAAUGACCAACAAUAUCCUUC